AACAUGCGACUAGGAAGUGUUUGCUGUUGAGGUUGUGCUUGUCACAUAGCUCAGUGAAACGUUACAGAAUUCCUGCUGUUGUUAGUUUUUAGCGAAGUUAAUUUAGUUUUUUGUGUCUUUAUGGAAUGACAGAGAGAAGCAGCGGCCAGAGAGACGACGAGGUUUCAAUCGAAUUGAGCAGUGAUGGCAGCUCCAACCUCUUUGGAAAGGAAGAUCUGCUGGAGCGCCAGGGACAAGCUCUGGCAGUGUUUAGACGACAACGGCGGAAGAGUAGAAUCCUGUCAGACGUUCCAGAGUGACUUUGAGGCCAAGUGCCCUGCUCAGUGGGUGAAAUAUUUCACCAAGAGGAGAGAUUUCCUGAAAUACAAGGAAAAGAUGCAGACUGAAGGGUUCACACCCGCCGAGGGACCCAAAGAAAGCUAACCACGACUCCGCAGGAAAGCUCCACAUAGACUUUCUCAGAGUGAAGCUUUUGGUGGACCUCUUCUACACCUUUGUGUGAUGGGAUGAGAGUUGCCUUCGGGGAUCCAAAAGGAUUUUUUUCCCACUUCCCUGAAAUGAUCUGCUCAUCUUUUUCUAAACAAACUUGUUGGAUUUCAUUACUACUCUGCCACUCAGUCAGUUUUCCCUCUCAAAACUGUUAAAUAUACAUGAAGUUCCCAAAAGCAGAAUAACUGUCAGUAUAACAAGCUGACAUGAAGACUAUACUGUACUGUCUACAGUAAGAGUAGUGUGUGUGUGUGUGUGUAAAUAAAUCAAAUCAACAGUGA